AUGGACCGCAUGCCGGUGAGUUUCUGCGAGCGUCCUCUCGUUCGUAAGAACGCCAAGAUGGAGCCGAUUUCGGCUGCAACGCUGCAGAAGUACAUUGAUCUUCUCUAUACCUACGUCCGAGACGACUUUGCUCUCAAGCUUUCUGAGAAGUUUGGGGUGGUGAUCAGGGAUGGCCGCCACUUCAUCGUCAUGGCGGUUUUUGAUGACCCAACGGUCUCGAAACCAAAGGAGCGGAAUCCUAACUACGACGAGAGCAUUCAGUGCCUCACACGCUGCUUCGUGCUACUGGCAUUCUCGGACACGCUGUCCACCUUCAACAGACCAUGGGAAUCGAUCAUCUUCAUGAUUGGUGAUAAUUGUUCGGUGAACCAGGCGAUUGGUCGAAAAUUGGGUGCACUGCCUUUUAUUGGUUGUGCUAGCCACCGUUUUCAGCUGGCCGUGAACGACGUUUUGGCCAAUGAAGAUACGCUAUUGGCCAAAAUUCAUGCACUGAUGAAACAUUUGAGCACGAUCAAGUGUCGAGCUGCGUUACGGAAAGUUACGCCGCUGGCGUCUGCCGUGCGCAACGCGACGCGUUGGUUAAUCGUGUUCAGCAUGGUGGAGCGCUACACUAAGCUACAUCCCGCACUACAAUCAAUGGACCACGCGACAAUCUCCAAGCAUAGUUUUGCACGCUUCGUGCUGUCGGAGAGUGAAGCUGCUUAA